AUGGCAUCACGAACACCCAUGGUAGUUACAAAAUUAAGAUAUGAUUCAAGACCAGAUUCUAGCUGUCCUGAGAGCAACUCUCCUGAACUUAGUUCACGAAAUUUAAAUAAGUUUAUAAAAUUUUGGAGUUGGUUUAAUCAGAAGUAUCAAGCUAUUUAUUUUACUUGUAUAAUUGUUGAUACUUUUGAAAAGACAUAUCAAUCUGAAACUGACACUGAAUCUAGACUUAAAAUUUCAUAUUCAGAGUCUCUUUCAACUAAUCCUUCUCCUACAGAAACACCUUUGGUAUCAACUUCUCAAAAUCCUCCUCUAAAUAUAAAUAAUCAAAAUAAAGAUACUAAAUCUUUAAAUUUUGAAGAAGCUUACUUUAAUACUAUUAAUCAAAGAAGAAAUAUGUCUCGACAUACAAGGUUAGAAGGAAAUUAUCUACGUAUUACUCAUAUAAAUAAUAGACCAACUGUAAAAGAACAAACUAAUAUGUAUAUUCCUGAUGAUUCUCAUAGAAUGGUUGAAGAUCCACAAAAUCAACAACAAACUCCUCCUCCUAAAUUUGAUAAUCAACAAACACUUCAAACACUUUUAAGAGGCAUAAAUGAAAUGUUUGAAAGUAAUGCUGCCCGAGCUGCA